AAGAAGGGUAGAGGAAGGAAGGAGAGAGGAAAUAGAAAGAGAGAGAGAAAGAGAGUUGCACAGUUCUGACAUAGCCACCAUUUCUCUUGGGUCUUUGGUCUUUCCUUGCCUCUACAGCCGCCUCAUCCCUCAGGCUCUUCCUCGUGGUCCUUAUUCUAUACCCUAAUACUACCAUCAUCUAUGAUUCUAUUAUUUCCUCCUUUUUUCUCUCUCUAAUCGCUUCUCACUUUUCUGAGACUCACAACACAAAUUGAUAGAGAAACAUAAAACAUCACCUCUGUGAAUUACAAGUCUCAGGUGGUGUUUGUUUGUUUGUUCCCACUCUUUGUGUCCUUUUUGUCAAUCAAACCUCUAAAUUCUCAUUGCAUUCCUCAGGGUUGUUCACUUUUCUUUUAAAUAAUUGCCCCCUAAAUUAAGUACCUCUCUUCCCGAUUGAGACCCUUCCGUUUUGGACUUUUUGUCCACGUUGCAUAUCAAUUCAGAAUCGCCCAAUUUUACAUGCCAAGUUUCCACCUUUCCUAAUCUUUUUCCAUAUACACAACACUUCAAAGUUCAAAACACGGAAAUUUAUUGUAUUUCAAGAUCGUCAGAAUCCACCAAGAUUUCACAGGAUCGAUCCUAUUGAAUUAAUACCAUUUACACACAAAUUAGAUAUUCCCUUAAAAGUUUUUUGCUUUGUUUUUUUUAUUUUUUUUUUAUGGAAAUUUGAGAUACCCCAGUUGUUCUUUUUGUUAAAAUAAAAUUGUGGGUAGGUGGGAACUCAUGCACAAGGUAAGUUUCUGUGGUUUUGGUCAUUGUAGAUUCUCAGAUACAUUUCGCAGACACGUAGAACUCAAAUACAACCCCUCAAAUCUGAAAUCCCCACACACUUUUCACUCUUUACUUUCCCUUAUUACCUGCAUGCUCCUCCAAGCCACCACCAACCACCACCUAUAGUUUCUAGUAUAUAUACACACAAGACAACACAUCACUCAAACAUCACACACACAGACACAGAAACACAAAAGUCAAAAGUCGAGAUGGAGCAACGAGUUGGAGAAGGAGGUGGCAUGAACAAGCAACCUCGAGAUUCAAGAGUGAAGGAGAUUCAACAAGGUGAUGCACAAGUUCAUGCUCAGGCUCCUCAACAACCCCAAAAAUGUCCUCGAUGUGACUCUCUCAACACCAAAUUUUGCUACUACAACAACUACAGCCUGUCACAGCCUCGUUACUUUUGCAAAACAUGCAGGAGGUACUGGACUCAAGGUGGAACCUUGAGGAACGUUCCUGUUGGUGGCGGUUGCCGCAAGGGGAAGCGAGCCAAGACUUCUAACUCAUCAUCUUCAUCGGAGAAUAUAAAUUCUUCUUUCCGGUCACUUCCUCUACAACAACCGCAAGGGAUGGUGGUUCAAACUCAAGCACCACCCUUAACAUCGGUAGUGAAGGCUAAAGACCCUUCUUCAGUUGUGGCUUCACCCUUUUACCAAAGUGGUGGAUACUUGUCUUCUUUGGCUGCUAUGCAUUCACUCAACCCGUCAUCAUCACACCCUUUUGAUCAGUCUCUAAAUGUUAUUGCGGGGAGUGACGCCUUGCGUUCUUCCAAUUUGGGCCUUCUAUCUGGUUUCAAUGUUCAGCGCCCAAUUGGGCAAAUUUGUCCACCGUACUUGUAUCAUCAAAUGGGGAGUGAUGAAAGGGAGAUGGUGUCUCUGUAUGAACAAGGUUUGGUUAAUCCAUCUUCAUCCAGCAUGGCUAAUACUAAUACUAAUACUAAUGGCAGUGGUGUUUCUCAGCAUGAUUGGCCUCAGAGCUUCAUCAAUAAUAAUGUUAGUAAUAGAGCCUCUGAUGCCUCUUUGUGGAGCACCAUCAGCACCACUAUUGGUGGUAACUCUGAGAGGACUAGUACUAGUGGUGUUGGUGUUGAUGUUGGUGCUGGUUCUUCUUCUUUCGUCACGAAUCAAUGGCCUAAUCUUCCAGGGUAUGGUCCUCCACCGUGAUUUCAUUCACCUGUUGCACCCUGAGAAUCCUUCAAGUCGUACUUCUGAACAAUUGAUUUGUCUUUUACCUGCUUCAUGAUCUGUUUGAUGUCCUUUAGUUAGGUACAUGAUAAUCUUGUAGCAUAGGUUAGUUAUCGGUAGCAGGUGUAUUGGUCUUGGUUGAUUGUGCAAACAUUGGACCGUAGAGAAAUUUUGUGUUGUUGGUGUAGUUGAUGUAAACGGUGGAUCAGUGACCGUAGUAGCAUUUUAUUUCUUCCAGUGUCAUAGAUAGUUGAAUAGAGAAUUUCUGGGUUGGUUGGGUCAGGUUGGUUCGAAACUUUUUACACAUAAUUUUAUAAUUAUACAGUUAUCAGGUGAAGUUUUUUUAUCCUGUGCCUUUUUA